AUGUUAAUAAGCGGUAAACUGCAACAGUCACCCAAUAAAAUUACCCUACAGCCCUUGCUGACAGUGGGGAAUUAUCCGCCGACUAUCAAGCACGUCGUUGCGCACAUCAAGCUUAUCAAGUACUUUAGCUCGUUGAAGGAGCAAAUCGACAAAAAGCCUGGAGAUUGGGACUUGUUCCUCCGGUCGGGGCUAAGAAGAUUCAUUUGGUUCGUCAGCUUACUUCGAAACAAAUUGAAAACCAGUAAAAGGCACCUCGAUGAGUCGGUACAGAUAUCUCAGUUCAAGAACUCCUCCAAUGCUAAGGGCAUUAUUCAAAACUUGAAGACAAUUCUUCCACCGGUGGAUAUUCUUUACAUUUGGUAUGCAUUGAUCAUGAAAACUAGAUCGUUCUACGAACUAGGAGUACGGUUCCAGUUCUUAGAAUUUUCAAUGCUCUCCUUCCCAUUGUUUCAAGUUGGUCACAGUAUCAACGAAUCCACCCAGACGUACGCUCCUCACUUGAAUUAUGUCAAUAACUUCAUCCUGAUAACCAGUAACCAGAUCCCCUAUGACUGGAAGCAAACGUUAUCGCAGAAAGUCCCUGUGAAUUGUCCUAUAUGUCUGCAGAAACUUGGAUCCACUUACUUGAAGGACUUCACCAGGUUUACUCUGGGGGGCUCUGGCUCCGUCUUACCCAGCGGGUGCAAAUGUAAAUUCCAAGGUGUGAUAACGUUCCAGCAGUUAAUAAAAAGACAGUUGUAUAGUGAUGUGAUGAAUUCUGAGAGACCACUACCACUUGUGCUUCAGACCAAGUCACAUUUCCUCUACGAAACUGGAAGCGAUGAAUAUGUAGAUGAUUUGGACGAGUUAGAUAAAUCAUUGAAAUCCAUACUAAAGAAUGAUAUUACCAGCUUGAGAAUGGCAAAUGCCACACCCGAAAGUUUCUUUCAGAGCAUAGAUGCUAACUUUGACAAGAUUUAUUCCAAAUUCUACUCUCAAUCGAAUUUGCUUCAUCUUACCAUUCCCGUGGCCAGACCUAUCCAAGUAACUGAGAAUUUUGAUACUAUAAUUGAAGCAACCAAUAGGUUUGUGAGUAAAAUGAGUAAAUUGGAGAGUUGGUUCAAUGCGCCUACGUCAACUUCCACAUCUAGACUAAUUAACGCGAUUUCCAAGUAUGAAUCUUUCUUUAUGAUGGUCGCAGAGAGCUUCAGGUGCUACUCAUUGGUCCCAUUAGUUGAAAUAGAUCUUGUAUGGCAAACUCACAAGCUAUCCCCUCACGAAUACAUUGAGUUCUGUCGGUCCAGAUGCCAGAACAAUGUCAUUGAUUCAAAUGGCGACGAAGUACAAGAAACAGAUGAAAUGCACACUUCCAGUUUCCAAUUCACCAGUCAAUUUUAUAAGACCUUGCACCAUACAUCAUAUUCCGACUGCAUGUGCUUAUACUGCUUCAAGUCCUGUAGACUCGUGAGACAGAGCAAGUACUCUCCAAAAAUUGAGCAAUACUGCACGUCAACUAAACCUUGCUCCAAAAUCAGUGAUAACUCAACUACAAUUAUCCAUUCCACACCCUUCCCUUCGAAAUAUUGA